AUGGCUUUUUCCUCGAUCGACAUGCCGGAAUGCGCCGGCUCCCUUGCUGACGUCGCGGUCUCGACCAAGGCGCAAGUUAUCCACAUGUGCUACAAGCACGUCUUCGGCAACGCCUAUCUGAUGGAGUCGGAGCGCGACGGGCUUGCCGUCGCGGAGUCUGACUUCAAGCUGAACAACCUCUCCGUGCGCGAGCUAGUGCGCGCCAUGGGCAAGUCCGAGGCCUACCGGAAGCGCUUCUUCGAGCGCUCUGGACCCUACCGUUUCGUUGAGCUGAACUGCAAGCACUUUCUCGGACGGGGCCCCGUGUCCCAGGAGGAGGUGUCCUUCCACGUGCAGAAGCUGAUCAACGAGGGCUACGACGCCGAGAUCGACUCGUACGUGGACUGCGCGGAGUACGAGCGAAAGUUCGGCAUGGACUUUGUGCCGCGCUUCGUGUUCGAGGGCACUUACCAGCGGAACGACAACUUCAACAGGCUCGCCAUCAUGCGCAAGCACUGGGACGGCUGCUCCACCAGCACGGUGUCGGGCUCGACCGCGCCCGGAAAGCCGAUUCCGGCGCAGCUUUGCAUGGGGCACGGCGGCUACGUCAACGGCUUCAUUGGCGUGAUGAAGGGGCUGCCAGCCGGCUUCCGCCCCGAGCCUUCGCGGCCGCCCGUGCCGGGGCCGUUUCCGUCCAAUGGGCAGGCGGGCCUCAAGAUCAGGAUCAAGGUCGCCGAGAAUCUGUACCAGGUGUACGAGAUGCCGUCCAUCACAGCUAAAGUCGAACCCGCGUGGAAGAAAGAACGAGCGGGCGAAAAGAGAUGGAACGGCGUCUGGUUUUGAAGGGGGCAUGGAAUUUAAUAGUUUUUUAUUUCUUUCUUGAUGCUGGGUUUAGAAGGCGGGAAGGUUGGAAGAGCUAUCGUACGAGCGUGCAAAAAGAAAAGUAAAAUUACGUUGUCCGCAAAGUAAAGGCGUGUUUUUGGUUGCAGAA